CUACUGGAACGAGAAGACCGAAGUUGAGAAGGCUGAAGAGGAAAAAAGAAAAAAAAAAACCCAAAACCAACGAAGAGAAGUGGAGGACCUUUCAAAACCCUCUCUCCUCCUCCUCUCUUCCCUCUCUCUCUCUCUGUCGCUCGCUCGCUCGCUCUUCGUCUUGCUUCUCUUCCAUCUUUCCCCUCUUUCUUGGAGGGAUUCGAACCCUAACCCUAGCCCUAGUCGCUGUCUUCCUCUCUCGUUCGCUCUCUCUGUUCUAGUCUCCCGGAUUUCUCGGGCGAAAUCCCACCUCGUCAUCGCCAUUAACGAGCUCGCGAGGUCUCCUUUCAUUCUCUCUUCUAGCGUAGGUCAUGGAAGGGGGCGUGGGGGCGUACAAUCCGCGGACGCCGGAGGAGGUCUUCCGGGAUUUUCGAGGCCGCCGGGCUGGAAUGAUCAAAGCCCUCACUACCGACGUGGAGAAAUUCUAUCAGCAGUGCGAUCCCGACAAGGAGAAUUUAUGCUUAUAUGGUCUUCCAAAUGAAACAUGGGAAGUAACCUUGCCUGCUGAGGAAGUUCCUCCUGAACUUCCGGAACCAGCAUUAGGAAUUAAUUUUGCUCGAGAUGGAAUGGAUGAGAAGGAUUGGUUGUCACUUGUUGCAGUCCACAGUGAUGCGUGGUUAUUGGCUGUUGCCUUCUAUUUUGGUGCACGUUUUGGGUUUGAUAAAGAAGCCAGGAAGCGACUCUUCCAUAUGAUGAAUGGUCUCCCUACCAUAUACGAGGUUGUGACAGGAACGGCCAAAAAGCAGUCAAAAGAGAAAACCACCAACAGCAGCAGCAAGAGCAACAAGUCUGGCUCAAAGCCAUCACGUCCGUCUGAGUCUCAUAUAAAGGCCUCAAAGAUGCCUCCCCCGAAAGAUGAAGAAGAGAGUGAAAGAGAAGAUGAGGAUGAAGAAGAGCAUGGAAAUACUCUGUGUGGUGCAUGCGGGGACAACUACGCCAAUGAUGAAUUCUGGAUUUGCUGUGACAUUUGCGAGAGAUGGUUCCACGGUAAGUGUGUCAGGAUCACUCCUGCCAGAGCUGAGCACAUCAAGCAGUACAAAUGCCCUGCUUGCAGCAACAAGAGAGCCAGAGCAUGAUGGAACUAGAAAGCUUGUGGUUGAUGUUUUAGAGAUAGGGGCGUCAGAAAUACGAGGGGGAGAACCAUUUUGGAUGCAGCAGUGAACAAACCUGCGUGCUGGAGUCUUGAUCUCAGUUUAGACUAAAUGUAGUCAUAUUGGACAUAUCCUUGUUGAUUUUUGGUGUCUAUUUAAUGUUAACAUUACUGCAAUGGGUAAUUUUCUGUUUAUGAUCAAACAUUUCUUAGCUAGUCUACUAGAGUGUGUCCUUUUGGCAGACAUUUUCUACUGCUUCAGGACCUGUGAUUUCUUUCUUAGCUUGAUUAUUGGUGUCUAUUUACUGUUAACAGACUGUAAUGGGAAAUUUUCAUUUUAUGAGCAAACGUUUGUAGCUUAUCUAAUAGAGUGCUUCCUUUGGCAGACCUUUUCUACUA